GUUGGUUGCCAAACUAUUACUACAGCCAUGGUGGUCAUAUGUCGUUCAAUGAUCGUGUUGAUCGAGUGGUUGAAUGGCUGGAAAAGAGUAAGAGCAGUCGGCCGGAUGUCAUCAUGUUGUACAUGAAUGCCACCCGCUAUGGUACUUACAAGGAAAGACGAGAAGAUUUAGAAGAUGCUGACGAGGCUGUCGGCCGUUUGAUGGGUGGACUGACUAUGCUGAACUUACGAGAUUGCUCAAACGUAAUACUGGUUGCUGAUUGGACGUUGACAAAUAAGUCAUGCAAUCGAGUAUUCAAUAUUGAUGAUUAUGUGACCGACUUGGAUAAUUAUCAGAUUACCCCUGAUUGGCUUAAUAGUGUCAAGAGAUUGAAUUACACUUAUAAUCCCUAUCCUAAUGAUUACACUGACGUUGUUGAAUACGAAAGUACAGAAACAACCAUUGAGCACUUUAAGUGUAAGAAUAGCUUUGUACAAACUUAUGCAAAAGAGGAGUUACCAGUGCGUCUCCACUAUGUGAACUCACCAAGAAUUGAAAAUAUUGUCAUGGUUG